UACUUCAACGUACGUGAUGUUUGUAUGUAAUAACGAACAAUAAUGUAAACGACUUAAACAGUACAAAUGGCUACUGCUGACAUUAAACGUGUGGGUUUUGAUGGGCAAUAUCAUAUAAAAUACAAAUAAUAUGUUUAUAAACCUCACUUAACAUUAAAAGGUUUGAUCUAUUUUACGAGCUGUGGAUACUUUCAAGCGAUAUUUCCCGGACGAUUGUACAAUAAUUUCGCCGACAGGUGCACGAAUAAAUUGAGACGGGAAAUUGAGUAUCAAAAUGGGAGAGAAUAUUGUGGACCAGAACACAAACAGGACGGUGUUCACAUUCCUGUCAGAAUUUCAUUCAACGUGGAAUGGACAGACGGUGGUUGAGGUAUGUUUUCUAUCGGCCAUCUUUGUGGUUGGGAUGAUCGGCAAUGUCAUGAUUCUUGUAGCCAUUUUGAGAAAUACGAAACUACGGACAGUAACGAACAUUCUCGUCUGCAACCUCUCCAUGGCAGACAUUCUGUUCGCUCUAGGAAUUCCGUGCAUCGCCACCACUCGGAUUACACGCCAUUGGGUAUUGGGCGAAAUAGUCUGCAAAUUAAUAACGUAUGUACAGUUCGUUUCCGGAAUCAGCUCCAUUCUCACCAUGGUUAUGAUAAGCGUUGACCGCUUCAUAAGCGUUUGUUUACUCAACAAAUACAAAAUGACGCGGAGGGAUUUGACACUUUCUCUUGUUGCUACAUGGGUAAUUUCAGCCGCGUUUCCGAUUCCAGUGGCAAUAUCACAAACAGUUAAAACAGUGAAUUCCGACGACCAGGCUUAUAAGUAUUGCGGGGUGGAAUGGUCAAUUAAUUUUCGCUCAGAUAUAUAUCUAACUUUUAUGGUAACAUUCUUCUUUUUCAUUCCACUGAUCGUUAUUAUUAUCCUAUAUUCGAGAAUAUGGCUUAUUGUAAAGUGCUCGAAUUCCCGCGCAAUGCACGGGAACGGACGAUCAGAGCAGGCCAACAAGAAACAAAUACGGCUGGUGAAAAUGUUCGCCUCCAUUGUGGCUUUAUUUGUUGUUAUGUGGUUGCCGUUCUUCAUUCUAAGCUUUCUUGGCGUCUUUUACAACCAAAUUACCUCAACCCACUUCACGGUCACGUUGAUUCUGGCGCUUGCAAAUACGUGUCAAAACCCAUUAAUAUACGGGUACUUUAAUCGCCGUCUGCGGUCGGAGUUCAAGACGAUGUUGUGCACAAAACUCUUCGGAAGAUCUCAGUCAUCAUCGAGUUACAAUGUACAAGGGACAGAACUCGGUAGUGCUGUGCGAAAUUCGUCCAACCCAAACUCGUCUGGUCAAAAUUCAUCCACAGUUGCCUAAAUAUGUGUCAACGCCUAAUUACGGGAAGGCCGAAGACAUUCAGAAUACAUAUGUUAAUACAAAGUUCUCCUUGAUUAAAAGAAUGAGUGAGAUAAUUAUCCAUUUAUUUAGUGAUUAAGUUAUAAUAAAACAACUGAUUUUCGGGCCUGUGUUGAAAUAUUCAGUUCUAAAUGCUAUCACAUGUAUGUGAAAUUUUGACAAUGCGAUAGCACGGUUUCCAUGGGCAAUGCCAAGGUUCUCUUAAUUGAUAUAUUAUGAUUACACCAAUACAGGUAUAUAUCAAAACUAUACAUGUGAUCGUGUUAGUGUUGUAUUAUUAAAUAUGUUUUUACA